GAUCGCUAUCUUCAUAUUUCAAUUGAAAUACUUUCUGUUACUAAUCAUGGCAGCGCGAGAAACACCCUUUGCAGAGAAAUAUGGACAUCCUCAAGGUCCAGGUCACGACCUACUCAAAGAGUGGCUCCCCUUGAAGAAAAGCGGAUUGACACCAGCCUCACCAAGUGUAGUCGAUUGGAAAAAGUUAAUUUCAGUAAACAGUCAUAAGGCAUUAGAAGAUUACCAGAGAACGAGAUUUUUUGGGUUUACCGCUCGUGAAUUAGAACAAAUUGGAGCACUGGCAGAUGCCAGGCCAGGUAAAUGGGAUUCCAAUUCGACCACUGAACAGGCCGACCUUGACACCGUUCCAUUACACCCUAUCUUUGAAAGGCGGCACUGGGAAAGGGAAGGUGUAGUUCCAUUGCAUUUUCCCAAACAUCCAUAUGGAGAUGGCAACAAAUUCUGGGAGAUUAAAGGCAAUGACGAUAUAUGGGAGGCAUUACAACCCGCUCUUAAGAUUGCCACUCUUGUGCUAUCAAACAUUGCUACUUGGCAGUGGUUCGAUGCACUACUCAAUGGCAUAUACGAGAAAAUACCUGAAGAUGAAUUACCUGCCGAGAUCAAAAAGUUAGAUCGUUGGCGUUUUUACCCUUCAAAAUCGUUCAAUCAUCAGGAGCGAACAACUGCGUUCAAUGAAGUAUUAGAUCAAAUAGUAGGCUCAAUAAGUUGGGGCUUUGGAGUAGGACAAGUCUCCUUAGAAUGUUUUCCCAAUAAUGGGAGAUAUACGAACGGCAUAACGAUUGGUCCUAGAAACUCACUAUUGAAUACUGAGGGAACUUCUUUCAUUUUAAUUGCUCAUGAUUUUGUGGAGCCGCUGUUUAAUCCAAACUUGCUGCCGGAAGAUAGAGCCCUAAACAACUUUCAAAUAGUCUCUGUAGUAUUACACGAACUCACACAUUCAAUGGUUACCUAUUUAUCGGGGAAACUGAGAGAUACAACAGAUACGAGAUUUGAUGAUGAACCUUAUUUCAUGGACGAGGCAAUUGCUGAGACUGGAUUUUCCAUGCAGGCAUCCGUAUUUGGAGGAAUCGACAUACCACUAGUCAGCGGUCUUGAUCUCCCGGGAAAGUCCUGUGGGGGAAUGUUCCAAUUCAAUUUCCCCAGUGUGUGGUUUGGUGGAGUCUCAGGAGGUGCUGUGCUUUCUCCAUCAAAGAAUCAAACAUUGUGGGAUAUUAGAGCAGCAUAUCCAGUACCUGUAGAAUGGUUCAUGGGCCUACAUGAUCAAAAUUUCUGGAAUUUUUACUUACGAGCUUUCGGUCCUAAGGCUACACACAUGGGUCCGAAGAUUGUUGGGCAAUGGAAUCGUAGAAGCGACCAAAUAUAUGUAACAGCUCCUAAAGGCAUUGAGAACACCACUCCUAUCGAUGUGUCAUCACCAGCACCAGAAUCCGAGAUGAUAUCAGUUCAUAUAGAAAAUAAACGUCGGAGAAUAGUUAAAAGGAUCAUGGAGAGGGCUCAGAAUAUUAAUCCAAAGCAACCAGGACAUUAUUUCUACUCGCCACGAGUAGCCAUGGAAGAUAAAGCCCGAUACUCAGGCCAAGUUUGUCCAAGAUACGAUGAGAUCAAGCAGUAUUUUGAGGAUAACAAAACUGCUUUGGGACUAGGAGCUAUGAAAUUUACCAUCCCUUCGCCUUUAUUACGAAGUUAUGUUGUGCGCAAUGGUGGAAUCGACCUCACAAAUCCAGAAUGGACCAACUUUUUUGUAGUAGCAAAUGGUCACAAGGAAAUGUUCACAUACAGUCACGCCGGACAUGGAAUGAUUGGCUUACUCAAAGAUGGUUGGAAGAGACCAGAAAUUCCAAUAGGACCUACACGCCAACCAUCGCUGGUACGUCGAGUAUCAAACAAAUUCCAACCUUCUGCUUCAACGUCAAAGCGUCGUCAACCGAAGCAACCAGGCGAAAUAUUAGCGAAAGUAUUCGCAACUCUCUGCUCUGCUACACUUAAAAAUAUCGAUCCACUAGAAUCAACAUUAGAUUACUGCAAGAUCAGCUUUUGGAAAGGGUGUAAUGUUGCUUGGGAGUUAAAUAGGGACUAUCUCGAGAGACAGGGUUAUGGGGUUCCGGAUAUGCCAAAUGGAUUUCCAGAGGAUCUGAAAGAUCUUGAUAGGUGCAUAUAUUGGUCUGAAUUGUUUGAUAAUGAGGCUCCAAAAGGAAUGAUUAGAAGAAUGAGGUUCGAGGCACCUCCGGUUCUAAAUCCAGAAGUGCGUGGCAGGAAAAAUAUACUGAAAAAGUGUGUUUUUCAAAGUCAGGUUGCCCGAUGAAAAGAUUGCGAUGUGGGAUUUAUCUGUUAGCCUCUUUAUCUAUUAGUUUCCUUGUCUUUCGCUUUUCAUUAGUAUCGACUGUCGGUCUUUAUAAGAUUUAGGAAUCAACUGUAGUGAAAUAGCCGCUCCUAGGUUAUUGUGUUCACAACAUAUUACUACGGAAGAGACCGAUGCGUUAAUCUGCACAUCAUAUAGUAUGAGGUGUUUGGUGAACAACGGCAGCCUAGGUAAGGUAAAUCCAUAAUCCGGUUUUGUAAAAAUUAGUCGCGAGUACA